CUAACCCGUACCAAGAUGGCGAUGGUAUUGCCGCAUCGUUCGUAUCAACAGCAGUAGUCAAGGCGACAUCAUCAUGUACAUCUUUGAAUGCUUUUGGUUUUCCGUUUUCUGCUGAGAACAGAUGCGGUGCUAAGUCAGGGUGACUCUCUCUUUUACGUUUAUUUUCUCUCACUGAGUUAUUUAUUUUGAUGAAAAAUAUUCCCUCCGUAUGGCUGUGUUAUUGUAAACUGCAGCAUUUCAAGAGGACUGCGAGAAGCCUCGUUAUUCUAAUGGUAAUUAUAUUUAGCACAAACAAUGAGACGUAAUCUGGCGUUACUGAAGGUAAGUGGAAGUAGGAGGACAUAUGAUGUACAUAAUUUCCCAAACAUCCAGAACAGCUUAUAGAAAUGAAAUGUGUCCUGCAUGCUAGGUUCAUGGAAACAGGGAAUAAGGAUUGGAGAAUAAGGGGAUGAAGGAAAAAUCCUAGUCAGAGGAGUGUGUGUAAUAUGUACAUCUUUUAAUUGAGAGGCUUUUGCAACCGAAGAUGGGGUUGCCUGUCGAUAAGCAGUGAAAAAAGUAAUGUAUAGACUCUAGGUAUGUAAGAUUAGGAUGUUAGAUUUUAGACGUGCUUCCACAACAUACCUGUGUGAGGGAGCAAACAUGUUGCUAUGCAGGCCAACAUGCACAUGUUGUCUAUAUAUAUAAAAUCACUUGCAAGACAGAUACUUUAUCUAUCUAUCUAUCUAUCUAUCUAUCUAUCUAUCUAUCUAUCUAUCUAUCUAUCUAUCUAUCUAUCUAUCUAUCUAUCUAUCUAUCUAUCUGUGGACAUAAUCUAUGCUACAGCUAUUGUUGGAUGGGUAUAAAUAUCUAUGUGCUAAACUUUCUGUCUAUCUGUAUUCAGGCAUGGAAAGAUGAAGAAGGAAACUAUUCAAUUCAGAGAAAUGAUGAAGAAACAAAUUCUUCAAAAAUAGACAAAUAUGGGAUAUAGCAGAAAGUCACAUAUUGUUAAUGAAUUUUGAAGCAUCUAAUCAGUAUUGAUUCAUCUUUCUGAUAAACGAUAGAACUACCCUGUGCUGGUGACAGAACAUUGAUUGACUGCAUUGGACUAAGGGGACAUCAGUGCUGUGAUGAAAGAAUACAUCUCUCCAGUGCUGUUGUAAGUUAUGAGAACACUUGAUUGUGUGUGCUCAGAAGAAUCAAGACCACUCUGCAAAGAGAAAAGUGAUACAUUUGAACAUUAUUUUUAUAUUAAUCCACUGCUGCAGGACAACAUGCCUUAUAUUCUUUGAUUAAAACAAGACUGAAAAUUUUGGUUCAGAGUUUUCACCAUGCCUCGCAAUCAAGCUUUUUCUGAACCAGAGUACUCUGUGGAGUAUUCAGCAGACUGCUCUGUGACAUUGCCCUCUGAUCCGGGGCAGGCUGUUGGGCGAACACACGAGGUUACAGUUCGAAAUUCUGGAUCCUGCCUUUGCCUGCCACGGUUUAUGCGCCUGACAUUUGCACCAGAGUCGUUGGAGAAUCUCUACCAGACCUACUUCAGAAGGCAGAGACAUGAAACACUUUUGGUGCUGGUUGUGUUUGCUGCUCUUUUUGAUAGUUACAUCCUCAUCAUGUGUGCAGUGGUUUAUACCUCUGAAAAACUUGCAUCUGUUUCUGUGGCAACUGUGGGAUUGGCAGGAGAUAUUCUUCUCUACCUGCUGUGCCGCUUUGGGUUGUUACCAGACCGGAUCUCAAGACGUUUUGUGCCCUAUUCCCUCUGGGUCCUUAUCGCAUUACAGAUAUUUUGCCACUUGGGUCUAAACUAUGCUCGUUUCCACCAGGCUAGUGACACAGUGGGUUGGCAGGCCUUCUUCAGCUUUUCUUUUUUCCUUACUCUGCCUUUGAGACUAACACCCAUUGUGCUCAUCACUACUGUAUCCUGUGGGGUUCACACCCUGGUUCUUGGAGUCACCAUUGCUCAGCAGCAGCAGGAGAACAUCCAGGGCUCAGCGCUCGCCAGACAGCUACUGGCCAACAUUGUGAUCUAUAUUUGUGCCAUCACCGUGGGUGUCACAUCGUACUACAUGGCUGACCGGAAGCAUCGAAAGGCUUUUCUGGAAGCAAGACAGUCACUGGAGGUUAAACUUAACCUAGAAGAGCAAAGCCAGCAACAGGAACGUCUCCUGCUCUCCAUUCUUCCCAAGCAUAUAGCUGAUGAGAUGCUUCAGGAUAUGAAGAAGGAGCCCAGUCAAAAAGAGAUGCAACAGUUCAACACCAUGUACAUGUACAGGCAUGAAAAUGUCAGUAUUUUGUUUGCAGAUAUUGUGGGUUUCACCCAGCUGUCGUCAUCUUGCAGUGCCCAGGAGCUGGUGAAGCUGCUCAAUGAGCUCUUUGCUCGCUUUGACAAGCUGGCUGCUAAAUAUCAUCAAUUGAGGAUCAAGAUCCUGGGAGACUGCUAUUACUGCAUCUGUGGACUUCCAGAAUACAGGGGAGACCAUGCUGCCUGUUCCAUCAGGAUGGGCCUGGCAAUGGUGGAUGCCAUCUCGUAUGUUCGUGAAAAAACCCAAACCAAUGUUGAUAUGAGGGUUGGAGUUCACAGUGGAACAGUACUUGGAGGAGUGCUGGGACAGAAACGCUGGCAGUAUGAUGUUUGGUCUACGGAUGUCACAGUAGCCAACAAAAUGGAAGCAGGAGGCAUUCCAGGACGUGUUCACAUCUCACAAAGUACCAUGGAGUGUCUUCAUGGAGAGUUCAAUGUGGAGCCAGGAAAUGGAGGCGAUCGCUGUGACUAUCUGAGAGAGAGAGGUAUUGAGACCUACCUGGUGACGGUAUCUAAAGAUCCCCUGGGAAGAAAUGGAAUCAGUCCUGUGAAGCUGUCAGUAACCUCUUCUAAUGGAAAUUCCCCACUAUUAAUCAACACAACAGAGUGUAACGGCAGCGUGGAGGCAGCCUGCAACACACCUGAAGAACCAGAAGAGUUGGACACAAGGGUAGUGAACCCAUCUUUUCCAAAUCCACGGAGGAGGCUCCGACUGCGGGACCUGGCUGAACGGGUGAUUGAUGCCCAAGAGAAUGAGCAAGAGCUCAACAAGUUGCUUAAUGAGGCUCUGUUGGAGAGAGAAACAGUUCAAGCUCUGAAGGGAAAACACACCAACAGACUUUCUUUGAGGUUUGUGGAUCCAGACCUAGAGGUUCGUUAUUCUAUUGAGAAGGAGAAGCAGAGUGGUGCUGCGUUCUGUUGCUCCUGUGUUGUUCUUCUCUUUACUACAGUAAUGGAGGCACUCAUAGACCACAGGCUCAUUAUAAACUACAUCACCUUUGGAGUAGGAGAGAUUUUGCUGUUUAUCCUGACAAUCUGCUCUCUUGCGGCUAUCUUUCCAGGAGUCUUUCCCAAAAAGUUGGUGUCUUUCUCAAUCUGGAUUGACCACACCCGUUGGGCUCGAAAUACGUGGGCCAUUGCAGCUAUUUUCAUCUUAACCAUGGCAGACCUUUUAGAUAUGCUCAGUUGUACACCUGGAGUCCCAGAUUCAGGCAGCACCACAGCGGCUCCAUUUUCUUCCUCAUCUUCACAGUCCAGCCUUGGAGGAUGCCUGAAUAAUCCUAAAUAUUACAGCUUUAUAGCAGUGCUUGCACUAAUAGCCACUACCAUGCUAGUUCAGGUCAGUCACAUGGUCAAGCUUACGCUGAUGCUACUUAUAACAGCAACAACUGGCAUCGUUAACAUCUACAGUUGGAAAGACAUCUUUGACCACUACGACAUGGUUCGCUUCCAAGAAUACAGCUCAGAGAUGGUUCCCUCCAAGUUCACCAUGACAGUUAUGAUCUUCAUUAUGAUGGUCAGCUUCUAUUACUUCUCCAGACAUGUGGAGAAGCUUGCUCGCACGCUUUUCUUAUGGAAGAUAGAAGUCCAUGAGCAGAAGGAGAAAGUAUAUGAAAUGAGGCGCUGGAAUGAAGCUCUCGUAACAAACAUGUUACCUGAACACGUGGCUCGACACUUCCUGGGUUCCAAGAAAAGGGAUGAGGAGUUGUACAGCCAGUCAUACGAUGAGAUUGGUGUCAUGUUUGCCUCAAUUCCCAACUUCUCUGACUUUUACACAGAGGAGAGCAUCAAUAAUGGUGGCAUUGAAUGUCUACGGUUUCUCAACGAGAUCAUCUCAGACUUUGAUAGUCUACUGGAUGAGCCCAAAUUUCGCUACAUCACAAAGAUCAAGACCAUUGGGAGCACAUACAUGGCAGCAUCAGGUGUCACCUCUGAUGUCAAUGAUGGUUACAUGUACAUGAAGAAGGAAGAGCAGUCUGACAGAGAGCGCUGGCAGCACCUGGCAGACUUGGCAGACUUUGCUCUGGCCAUGAAGGUGACACUAAUGAACAUCAACUACCAGUCAUUCAACAACUUCAUGCUACGCAUUGGCCUGAAUAAAGGAGGAGUGCUAGCUGGAGUGAUUGGUGCCCGGAAACCCCACUAUGACAUCUGGGGAAACACUGUGAAUGUGGCCAGUCGUAUGGAGUCCACAGGAGUGAUGGGAAAUAUCCAGGUAGUGGAGGACUGCUAUAAUAUUUUGAAGGAGUAUGGCUUCCGCUUUGUGAGAAGAGGACCCAUCUUUGUAAAGGGAAAAGGAGAACUGCUCACUUAUUUUCUUAAAGGAAGAGACAAACAGGGCUCAUUUAUUAAUGGUUCAUCCGUCACUCUACCACAUCAAGUAGUAGAUAGUUAAAGUCUUCGGAUCUUUAGUCGAACACUUCUUUUUCCCAUCAGCCACUUCUACAUUGUUUUGAAAGGAGAACCAAAAUUUACUUUAAAGGUUUAAAAGUACAAUUAUGUAUCACAAUUUCAGAAAUGUCUAUCAGUCUGCAACACUUUAGAAAGAUGGAAAGAUAGAUGGCCAGAUACAGUGGGUGGAAAAGUAUUUAGUCAGCCACCAGUUGUGCAAGUUCUCCCAUUUUAAAGAUGAGAAGCCUGUAAUUGACAUCACAGGUAGAUCUCACCUAUGAGAGACAAAAUGAGAAAACAUCUAGAAAAUCACAUUGUCUGAUUUUUUUAAAGGAAUUUAUUUGCAAAUUAUGGUGGAAAAUAAGUAUUUGGUCAAUAACACACAAGCAAGAUUUCUGGUUCUCACAGCCCUAUAACUUCUGUAAGAAGAAUGAAUGGGGCCAUGUGUCGUGAGAUUUUCAGUGCAAACCUCCUUCCAUCAGCAAGAUGGAAGUGGCUGGGUCUUUCAGCAUGACAGUGAUCCCAAACACACCACCUGGGCAACGAAGGAGUUGCUUCUUAAGAAGCAUUUCAAGGUCCUGAAAUGCUUCUCGCCAGUUUCCAGAUCUCAACCCCAUAGAACACCUUUGGAAGGAGGUGAAAGUCCGUGUUGCCCAGCGACAGCCCCAAAACAUCCCUGCUCCAGAGGAGAUCUACAUGGAGGAAUGGUCCAACAUAUCAGCAACAGUGUGUGCCAACUUUGUGAAGACUUAUAGAAAACAUUUGACCUCUGUCAUUGCCAACAAAAGAUAUAUAACAAAGUAUUGAGAUAAACUUUUGUUAUUGACCAAAUACUUAUUUUCCACCAUAAUUUGCAAAAAAAUUCUUUAAAAAAUCAGACAAUGUGAUUUUCUAGAUAUGUUCUCUCUUUCUGUCUCUCAUACUGGAAGUCUAUAUGAUGUCAAUUACAGGCCUCUCUCAUCUUUUUAGGUGAGAGAACUUGCACAAUUGGCGGCUGACGAAAUACUGUUUCCCCACUGUAGUGUUUUAUAAUUAAUUUUUAUGCUAAUUUUAAUUUAAAUUAAAUAAUUCAUAACAGUAUUACUUAGAAAUGCCAUUUAGUAGUGCCAUGCGUAGCUUAUGCCAUAUAUUUAGACAAACUUUAUAAAACGACACAAUUGGUUACUGUUAUUGGAGUUUAAAUGGACUAAGCUUUUCAUUUUUUAGGUCAGUUGGGAUUAGAGAAAUAUUAACACAGAAGGAGUCUGUCAUAUUUGCUGUAUGGGUUAUCACAAAGUAAUGGCCAUCACAAAGUCCCGAUUUGAAUCCCAAAGAAUCCCUAGACGACAGUGACGUCACCUCAGACUGCCGUCUGUGGAAAUACCCAGUUUUGGGAUGUAUCAGAAAUGGGCAAGUGGAGAGAGAGCUGGUGGACUGCUUCGUACAAAGAGCAAAAAUAACACAUCUCAAAUGUGAAAAAACUGAAGUUGAUUUUAGACCUUUGGGAAAAUACGAGUACCUAAAAUACUAUUUUCAGCUUGGGAGUGGAUGAAAAGAAUAAAUACCUUGUUGUACACCGAGACAACAUACUGGACAGAAUCUUUAUACAAGAGGGAACUGUACUUGAGAAAGCUUAGGUCCUUUAGUACAGUGUCAGGGUUUCCAAGUCAAGUCUCCAACCUCUGUAAUAAAUAAUUUCUCAUCAAAUCCACAACAUCUAGCUACAUCUUUAUGGUAUAGGAAUCCAAACUUGUGCUGUUUUUCCUUAGGCUUAAGUACUAUAUGAACAUUUAUUACUUCUCUUUAAAUGUAGUAAUUCAAAGCACAUUUUUAACAAGACUGGAUUAGAAGAAGUAAGAAAUUCAUUAAAACCUUGCAAGAUAAAAAAUAAAUUAAUACAAAGUCAAAGGAGUCUGAAACCUGUUCUAGCUAACAGGCUGGGACUGUUUGUGUAGGACUUUAUAUUAUUUUAAAAGUCCAUCAAAUAUUGUAUUUACCCCUUCAGAAUUUUCUUAAGAGUUUGUUUCAAAAUUUAAUCAUGAAUUGCAGAAUUUGUUUUUAUGCACUAACAAAAUGACAGAGACCUUCUAAUGCUGAAUUUCUAGAUGAAUCAAAAACAAAGUGUUUUGUCUGUGUGAUGACAGUUAAUACCUGUUUAUCUGUGUCUUUGUAUUUGGCACUUCUUCACUAUUUAUUGGUUUAAAUAUUGUUUGGGGGGUUUCAUUUCCUUCACUCUGAGCAGGAAAUUUUCCAAUAAAAAUGUGGAUUAUGUAAAUCCACAUCUAAAACACUGUA